CGACAACACGACGACGAUGGCGGGGGUGGCCGCGACCGAAACUACGAACGUGUUUGUGUAUGGCACCCUCAAACGAGGGUUCCCCAACUAUGCGUUGUACCUUGGUCCAGCAGUCGACCUCAAGAAAGCCACGUUUCUGGGAGAUGCCAUCACGUGCACGCCGUAUCCGCUUGUGGUGGGCGGCGAUCGGUUCGUGCCAUUCUUGCUGAGUGUACCCGGCGAAGGAGUUCCGAUCGCAGGCGAGGUGUAUGCUGUAGAUGCGUCAACUUUGGAGGCGUUGGAUAUUCUCGAAGGCAUCAGCUCUGGGUACUACAAGCGAGUGGCGAUCCCCGUGCGCAUUGGCAGCGACGUGGUGGAUAAUUGUGUUGUGUACAUGCGGAUCGUUGGGCAAGACGGCGACGAUGAUCCAUUGCUGCAACUGGAGCGCGUACCCAGCUACACAAAGGACGCCGCGCAGCAUUAUUUGUCCCGCACCAAGUUACCCAACGUGGCUAUCCUUGCGCUUAUUCACGGCCUGGACGCACCAAGGCAGCUCCGCGUUCAAGCCAAACUAGAAGCUGGCGAGUCUCUGCCCGAUGCCCUACGCACAAGUCUCUUGUAAUCUUGGUUGUAAACUAAAUGUACUGAAAUUCGAUGGACUGGA